UUGAAGACAAAGAUCUCAAAGAUUUUCGUCGACGCUUUACUACAAUAUGGCCAACCUAAACGAAAACAGCAGUCGUUAACUCGUCGCCUAAUCAUCGAAAUAAUAUCCUCGGUUAUUGGAAACACAAAUCGACUGGCGUCAGAACAGCCAACUCGGUCUGAUGGACAUCACCUCAGGCGAACGGCCGACAACCAACUGAUGCUCCGCCGCGAUCAUCGUGCUCUCGCACUAGGAAGACGGAACAAACGUCGCGACCGAUCCGGUUUCACGGAGAAUGAGCUGCUCACCUCCACUCAUCUGUCUGCUGUGUGCAAGUUCGUCGUCUUCAACGUGUGUAUCGGUAUUUUCGGUUUCUAUAUUUGGACGAUAUUUCCACGUGCAGUGAGCAAUGAGACUGUCGUGAAAAACAGCAAAGUUUUAAUGCUGCCUCAAUGGAUUCUACUGGUCUUCAUCGCUUCAACCACAGCUUCUGUGGAUCCUAAAGGGGGCGCAGCAUUGGAAUUUGAGUCCAGUGGAAAUUACCCUUACCUUGCUAAUUUAUCAUCUUUGGGAAGGACCGUGAACGGCCAGGUAUUGUUAUUGACGAAUACGCUCGAUCAUCUGGAUGCUAUCGGCUUUCCUAAGGGCGUUAAUCAGAUCAGUACGUGUUUGAACAAGACUGUCUCGAACAAAUACUAUAGUUCACAAAAAGGGCAAAUUCUUUGCCGUUGGGCAAGUUAUCGAAUUCACGCACUACGACCUUGCUUCGAACGCUAUCCAAAUCAUCGUCUCGUCAACAUACAGCCAUACCACAGCGAGUGGCGAAUGAAAAGUGAAGAACGGUGCUUACAGUUCUGUAGCGAUACCAGUUCACGUUGCCGCUCAAUCGUAUAUGACGCCGUACAGCACAUUUGUCAUUUCUUUCUCGAUGACGGCUACGACUUUACAGCUCCAGCGGCGAAGAUGAUUUAUCUGAAAGUUGUUAGCGGCACAUGCUUAGAAAGCUACGCAUCGUCUCCGAGUGAAACGAGUGAAGUCAACAACUUCGGUGAGAAUCCAAAAGAAUCCACUACAGGACAGUCAGUUUCCACAGUACCGACGAAGCAGUUCGUCGUUUCGCUCACUGCCAUAUCUAGCGUUGAAAGAGAUGGUUUUUCUACUUCUUCUCAAAACUUCACCGAAACGGCAACGGAUCAUUCAAGCACAAGUGAAGGCACAUCUACAGAAGCCGUCCAGGAUUCUCAACUCGCAAGACCCGAUCGGGGCGAGGCUAUCGGAGACAUGGAUCAAGAGAAGAAAUAUGGAGAACAGAGAUGGAAAUCGUCGCGAGAGCAGGUGAUGAAAACCACGGGUAGUCCCAACUUUGAAGAUGAACAGCUUCGUGAGGUAGUACUAUUUCAAGAUAAUAUUUCGUUCAAGUGUUUCAAUCCACAGAGAAAUGUUCAAGGAGAUGUAUCCAGACAGAUAUGUACAGUACCUUCUGGACAGAGGAUAUGCUCCGUUGCCAUUCUUGGAAUCAGAAACAAGGGCAACAACACCGCUGGUCUUUGGAACGGUAUCACCACAAGACAGCAAAAGAAUGGUGGACAAAACUACCAGAUUUUUGUAACGGAUAUGUUGGUAAAGGUGGAACCGCCAUAUUUGACAAAAGCUCGUUCCUUCUUGAAUAUUAUCAACAAUAAGAAGAAUUCGGCAACCGAUGACAAAAGGAUGGACUACCAACGACCACUGGACGGUUAUGCUGUUGUAUCUAGUGAUACAGGCUGUUCGGUUGGCCAUGUACCAAUUUGGCUGGUGUUUGAGAAUUCUGUUGGAAGUGAGUCAAUUGACAGCAGUUUUGCCAAGGACUGGAAGGCGUGCAGAAGAAUGUGUUCAGACGAGGUCAGUGUUCUCAUUCCAUUUUACAGCAAAUAA